CUCAACAUCAAGCUGUUGCGUUAGGUAAACGCAAAAGCUCACGCAUAAGUACAGUACCUUCGGAAGCAAAGAAAACAACCGCUGCCUGUUAUAGAGCCCGGAAGCACCUACCGAUUUCAAUAACGAAAGCGGCCCGAGGCUUUGGUCUCACAGUGGAAACCAGUUGUGGCUUCUUCGGCAAAGGAAAUGAACGAUGUGGAUAGUAUGGGCUCGACGAACGGCGUCAGUGGGUUCGGAGACGUGGGCACGGACUUGUCGCUUGCUCUUCCAACGGACUGGCCGGAGGAGUUCCUGGGGUUUCGGAGCUUAGACGACUCCUUUCGAUGUUCGAUAUGCAAGGACUUUUAUCGAGCUGCCAUGUCCCUACCGUGCUCGCAUACUUUCUGUUCGCUAUGCAUUCGACAUCACUUGACAGUCCAGUCGGAGUGCCCGACUUGCAGGAUACAGGUCCAGGGUGUCGCUGACAUGCGGCCAAACAAAGCAUUGGACGACUGCGUUGCACAUUUUAAACUGUGCCGCUCCGCACAUCUGAAGAAGCUGACUGACUUACUGCAAAAUCGCGGCACAGCCUCCGUUGCGUGCGGGCCAUCCGCGGAUAUCGCACCUGAAUCAACGAUAUCACCGCAUUUCACGCAGUCGACGAGGCAUGACACUGUACCGGAAUCGAGCAGGAGUCAAGCGGCAGGGGAGGCGCGUCAUAGUACGAGAAUGCAGACGCGUCGGUUCGCGCAAUACGGUUCGAAUGGGGAUAGUUCUAAACCUGUGGAAGCGGCUGACCGUCCGCUGGAGAACCCACAGGAGAGGCUUCAGUCUUUGCAACCACAAGGCGAAGCUGCGGUGACAUGUCCAUUAUGUCAGAAACAGACCAAAGCGAAGGAUAUAGACCGCCAUAUGGAUUCCGCAUGUACAUACGUAUCGCAAUGGACCGUUACAGGCGUUGAUCGCAGCGUUGGCGGUUUCUCGCCUCAAUCAACCCACACCAGCAAACGAGCAACAACGACAAUAAGGCGCUCAAAAGCAUCAGUCCCAUACGCUCUCUACAACGACACUAAACUCCGCAAACUCCUUAAAGACGAAGGCCUCACCACCACCGGCGACCGGCAAACGCUCAUCAAACGGCACACUGAGUGGGUCAAACGCUACAACGCCAACAUCGACGAAGGCAACCCAAAAAGUACGAAAGACAUUCUGCGGGACUUGAAGGACUGGGAACGGACGAGCACCAUCGCACAGCCGGCGCCGUUUACGAGCACGGCAGGACACGAGGAGACAAGGCAGACGGAGGCGGAACGGAUGAAUCACGCGAUGAAGUAUCAGCAUCAUUACGAGGAUAUGAUUGAGAAUUUGAGGAAGCGGAAGCGGGAGGGGACGCAGACAGGUUAGAGAUUCGGCGACCGUGGUGUGAUGAGCUAGCUGUCUUUCGCUUAUGAACGUAUAGGAGAGGGCUUAUCUGGCGUACUUAUCGUUGCUCGCUUCUCUGCUCUGCAGGUGGACGCCCACCAGACCCGCCGGUUGCUGUGAGAGACGAGGACACGUAGGCUGGGAGAAACUAUGUGAGGCUGUCUGAACCAUAUAUAUAGGCCAACACAUCCCUUCCUUUCCUCGUCGUCGCGUUGUAUAGAUUGAGUUUGCCUGUGAAUGGCGUAUGGCAUAACUCCGCCUCUAGAAUUUUGGGUACUUACAAUAAACCUUGCAACCAC